UGUACAUGAAUCUUGGAUCGAAGACUGUCGGAGAAACAUCGAGUAUGGAGGAUUACAUGGCGAUGGAUGGAGAAACUGGAAUUCGCAAAAACAGUGACUCCUAAGUGGAUAUGGAGGCAAGCAAGUCCAAGGCUGUCAAAGCAUUUACGAUCGUCGACAAUGAACAGUCGAACACAAAAACGACGCACGCAGUCCCCAAUGGGGGCUACAUGGACAUGACGUCACUACAAAAACAACACAGUGACAAACAAAAUGGAACUGCGAAGAAUCCAAGUUCGAGCCCGCGGACUGGGUAUGUACAGCAGUCAAAAUCGUCGUCUCCUAGGCAACUGAGGACUACAGAAAGUGCGUUACCUAACAAACCAGACAUUCGUGAAUUUGUUUCUAUCAAAACGUCUCCAUCUUCUUGCCGAAGAAGAUCAAGCCAGGAUUAUGUUUCAAUGUGUCCCCUCGCUGUAGACUCAGGCGGAUCUCCUAGUUAUGUAAAUGUUUUACCCGGGGCGAAUUCUCCGAGAUCGCGAUCUCCGAACCCCGAUGCGAGACAUCGUAAAGAGGACUCGAACGGUUAUUACGUGAACUUUACCCCUGGGGCAGAUUCUUCAAACAGGGGGAAAUUUCUUGAAAUUCCGAGUUUACUUAAACGUGUCAACAACUCAGAAGACUCAUCUUCUAACGAAGAUAUGCAUAGUUAUGUGAACUAUAGUCCUGGAAAGAUCAUUGAUGAGAAAAACUCGAACAACAGUUUUAGAAAGCAUAGCCUGGAGUCCGACCUAUUAGACAAACCUCGUGCGUACGAAAACAUUGAUUUCAGCGGUAUUACAAAAAGCAAGAGCGCAGUAGAUGUGCCCGAGUACGUAAAUUUUUUUCCUGGGGAGAUCUGCGAAAGUAGCAAGAAUGAUGUUUUCUUAGUCAAUGACGAUCGAGACACCGGCUUAGUUAAGGCUCUUGACAAUGUCGAGUUUUCUCCUGAAAAGCCUCAAGUUGAAGGGCAAAGAUGGAGAAAAUCACCUCAUGCUAACAGAAGAGAUAGCGAACCAGCUAGAUUACAGACGCCAAAGCUUGUGACUAACGCUCCACUGACCACAACUCAAGAAGAUGAGGAGAUCAAACAGCUCAAUUACGUCAUGCUCGACUUAAGCAAUUCCGAGAACUCUUCGGAGUCUCCAAGUCGUCAGCGCCGACGACCUGCGAACAUAGACUUAACCUCGUGUCGGCGUGGGUCUCCGGGGCCGAAAUCUGCUCCCGUCAGGAGUGCGUACGCUGAGGUGGACUUCACUAAAUCUGAUGGAAUAAGGCAAGCCAGGCAGGAGAGAAGGGAAUCAGCCAAUACUCUUGUUUUCAACUAAGUAGACAGCGAGAAGCGGUGGAAAGCUGGUACUUCGUUGUUCAAUCUAUUUGGUGAGCCGGCGAUGUGACAUGCCUAUUUUAGAUGGAUCGCUAUAAACUGCCAGAUCACAGAAACGCAGGGAAAUACAUGAGAGAAUUCAUGUUUGGAUGAGCACAUAGAACUUCACAAUUGUGAGAUUGUCCAAGGUAGCUAUUUCCCUAAAAAAAAAAAAAUUCCCAAUUAAGACGUGAUAUCUCGUGGCUGAUCAUUGUGGAAACUUCGGGGCGAAAAAUGAAAAUUCUUCUCUACUUUAAACAAAUAUUUCAGUAGGUCUUGGUUAGUUACAGAGAGGAUCUGAGGUGUACAAAGUUAAGCCUGUAGCACUUCUUUUGACAGAGGGCUGACUGAAAAUCGAUAGCAUAGAAGAAAUUUCAUUGAAAAUUUUUAGUACCUAGUUAUGUCAAAGGCGAUGUUGCACGUGCCGAUUUGUAUAUUUGCUGGUAAAUGUUACGGCGAAUUUAUCAUUUUGUUAAAGAUCUCGUGAAACUUUUCCAAGUCUGCUUGAACGAGAUCGUGUUCGGCGAUUGCUCGGAUUAUUCUCAAUUGGUCGAAGGGGGAUCCGAAAACAAUCGUGUUGCUUGACGAGAAUUGGCCAAGGGUUGCUCCUCGUAUGGUUGGCCAAUCGAUAUUACCUGGUUAAUCGAUAUUACCUGGUUAAUCGAUAUUACCUGGUUAAUCGAUAUUACCUGGUU